AGAAAUGUCGCUUCUGUGCUUGACUGAAUGAGCAAAGGAAAUUGUAGCAAAUCGUUCCUACAAAAGUUACAAGGGUCAAACUCUGUAAUUGACAACAUGACGCACAGAUAUGUUCGUCUGUUCCCAAUACUGUUAGGAACAUCAAGACCAGGUGUUGCAAAUAGACCUUUCGCCCUAAACUGCACACGAUCUAUAGCUUCGUCUCAAAACGAUGUAGUAGACCUCACCGAAAAUCCAUUCUUUCAAAAGUAUGCAGACAAAAUACAACACCUACAAAAGUCCAAUCCUGAAGAAUACCGAAAAAGAUUGGACCAACUGAAAGCAUUAAAACAGUCGAAAAGAGAAGAAGGUAAAGUGGAAACCGAGAACAAAACAAGCCAAAAAUCAACCGAAAAAAAAUUGCCUGUGACUAAAAAGACUAAAACACUGGAUGAUAUUUUAAAAUUGGAAAUGGUAAUGAAGUUAAAGGCAGAAGAUAUCCAGAAAUUGUGGGUGGACAGAUAUGCAAAUAAAGAUGCUGUGUGCGCUGUGAUAUCUUCCCAAUCAUACUGCGUUAUAAGAACCAUACUUGAGAAAUAUCCUGUGUUUGUUUUCCCCCUUCCACGCAAAGAUGGGUACGAGAUAUUUGUUGGCCAAUUUUCCAACAACGACAUAUACUUCACAUCGCUUAUCAAUUAUCAACAACACAAAGAAAAUGCUCCCAGCCAACUUACACUCAACCAUUUUACUGAACUGGAGUCAGAAAAAGGUAUUGUUCUAAUGUCUGGCCCAGUUUUCGACGACGCACUGUCCGUUACAGACGCCCAGUUGCUCGCUUACCAAGUCCAGCACUUCUGUACUGAACAUCCAAAGCUUAUCAGAGGCUUUAACGUAUCCCCUCAGGACUUUGAUAUUAACAGCGUUAUUUCGUCGCUCGACACAGGCCUUUUGUCCAAGACCAGCUCAUUAAAUAAAUAGAACAUGUUACUAUCUGCCC